UUAAAGGGAUAGUGAGCAGUCCCUGGAGAUUUUACGGAGACUUAUUUCACAACCGCUACACCUCCUCACGUCUUUGACCUCCCUCCACACUCCAGUAGUGCCGAGCGGUCGAAUCGGUAGCAUGGAUCUGUCCUAAGUGCCGCCUCUCUUCUGUAUGUUUUGUUUUUUUUUCCUCCAUGUGAGCUUGCCUCAGCUGCUGGAUGCUCUUCGCCCCCACCCUCCCCGCCGCACUUGUUGCGCAGAGAGUGGAUGCGCCGCUGAGUCCUUGGAGAGGAGAGGCAGGGACUCACUGCAACAGGUGCACACACGGAGCAUCUCCUCCAGCGAGGCUACAUCGCAGCGCUGAACUUUAAAUGCCAGUUUUAAGGAGCCUCUGACAGUCUUCAGCCUCUGCCGCGUGUACAAAGCCAGGAUGCCGGUGUUGACGAGCCCCGACAUCGCCAACAAGUUUAAGGAGAGAUGGCUGGCGGCUUACCCGGAAGAUCACGUCUCUGGGUCUGAGUCUGCCCCCCUUGACGACAGCCUCACCAGCCUCCACUGGCUCCAGAAUUUCUCCAUCCUCAGCGCAGACCCGGAGCGUCCCAGCGGCGCGGGACUCGAGUGUCCGUCCUCGCAGCAGCACCUCUUCAUCAAACGCCUCGCCUUCCCCGGACCGGGCACCGACUCUCCUUCCAGCCCCCCAGCCGGGGACACCGCCGCAACCGGGAUGCCUCUGUAUCUCGGGAGCCCCGUCACCUCUGGCAGCGACUCCACCGCGGCGGCUCCGCGGUUUCCCUGCGGCGCGCACCCCACGCCCGCCUACCCGCAGAUCCCGAUUCAGCCGAGCCCGCCGGUGGAGAUCGACUACAAAACCAACCCCAAAGUCAAGCCGCCCUAUUCCUACGCCUCUCUCAUCUGCAUGGCCAUGCAGGCCAGCAAGCAGCCCAAAGUGACUCUGUCCACCAUUUAUAACUGGAUCACGGAGAAUUUCUGCUACUACAGACACGCGGAGCCCAGCUGGCAGAACUCGAUUCGUCACAACCUGUCCCUCAACAAGUGUUUCAAGAAGGUCCCCAGACAGAAGGACGAGCCAGGAAAGGGAGGCUUCUGGCAGAUUGAUCCUCAGUAUGCUGACAUGUUUGUCAAUGGCAUCUUCAAGCGCAGGAGGAUGUCUGCCAACCACUACAGCAGCGGCAGCGGAACCAACAGCGGUGCCCACAGGCAGAGCAAACUAGUUCAGAGUUACCACGCCAGCCAAAACGGCUGCCCCUACCAGGGCGCGGGAGGCAAACGGAAGCACCUGCCCUCAAAAAACAGCAACAGUAAGGUUAUGAGGGCCACGGAGUCCCCUCUGCUAGCCACAGAGGCCAACAAGGCAGACGUCCUGAGAGGGGACUUUGACCUGUCCUCCGUGUUUGACGACGUCCUCGGCGGUAGCUGCAGCACCUUCGAAGAUCUGGACAUCAACACGGCGCUGAGCUCCCUGGGCUGCGAGAUGGAGCUCGCUGGGCCGGGCAGGCAGGGGAGAUGGUGUGGAGGAGUGGACGUUAUGGGUCAGAGCCAGCACAUGAACCUUCAUCACCAAUCCUAUGGCUACAUGGACCUAAGCGCUGCUUCCAUGGAGUGUACGGUCAGCAUGGGAGAGCUCCACGUGCCUCACGCACAUCCGCAGCCACAGCAGCAGCAGCUGGACCCAGAUCGCUUGCUCCAGAGCCACCACCAACACCACCACCACCAUCAGCUGCAGCUGCAGCAUUUCGACGAGCCCUCCAUCCUCUUCCCGGAGCAGCCAGAAGAAGCGAUGCUGCAAACAUGGGAGGAGAUAAAAGAGGAGGCACAGGCUAUUCCGCUGACUCUGGAUCAGGGCUUCAGCCUGUGCGAGGGCUUCUUCACAGAGAUGCAGCCAUGGGAACGAGUGGAGAGCUACCUGUGACCUUUGACCCUAACCACACUGACUUCUAUUUGAUAUUUUGGUGUUUUUUGUUUUGUUUUUUUACAUUCAAUGACCUCUCUGAUUGCUGGUCCAUGUGGUCUGUAUUAUCUUUAAGGAUAAAAGUUAGAGCUACAGCCCCAUUUUACAAUCAUAUCCCAUCCCUCAGUUCUACUGCAGUGCACUCUGCAUUUUUAAUUUGUCACUUUUUCUUCCCUUAAAAAGACUUUAAAGCUUGUUGGAUGAUUAUUGAUCAUUACCUGGCAUAGACUUCCAUUGUCUUCCCUGUCAGUUUACAGGGAGCAGCAUGCCGCAUGACGCAGCACUGAUACUCAAACAAUAAGAGAACUGACAAAAAGAACAGAAAGACUUUUAUGUACCAAAUUCAAUUUUCAGAUGUACUCAUAUCACAGCGUAGAAGGAAUAGAAGGAGGAAGGAUGAUGAAGAAGAGACAAAUGCUCACCCUUUAAAUUGGAUUUGGUGGAGGUUGAAUACAAGGAUGAGCGUUGAACCCGGCCGGACUGCAGCUUCUCGUCCCUCUGAGCUUAUUGAGAAAGCACUGUCACUACAGGACUGACAUACUGGAUUCUAUUGUGCUACAUUAGCAUUAACUCUUUUUUUAACUAACAUGCAGUGAAAUCAGCCAUUCAUCUCAAUUGUUCAUGUUGUGUGAUAAUGUAGGAUGAAGGAGCAAAAAUGGAGACAGAAGGAAAAAAAAAAUCGUUGUAAGAGAUUAGAACUCAUUCAUUUAAGAUGCUGUUAUAUAGUCAAUUUAAUAUAUAUAUAUCUAUAUAUACAUAUAGAUAUAUAAGUAUAUAGCAUGAAGCUAGGCAAGAUCAUUUGCCAUUUGUCUACAGUUAUGUAUUGCAAUGCUAAAACCGGAGCAGUUGGUGGGUCAUGAAAUGGGACAUUAUGCACUUUGAUAGGCAGCAGUUCCUAGGAAAGAAAGACAGCUUAUGUUCAAGAUGUUUAGUUUAAUUUUUUACGGUAUUAAAGUCAUACUUUCGAACAUUUACUGACCACAUGAUUAAAACAAUGCACAUGUGUUGCAAAUGAACUCGACACUGCAAUAAGUCAA